GGAUCCUCUCUCACAGAAAACCCUAGCGGGAGAAGGGAAAUUGAUCGCCUCCGGUAAUCAAUCAAUCAAUGAAAGGAAGAAGUGCGAUUCGUGGCUGUGGUCGGAAGAAGAAGAAGGUGUGUGGGUUAGUGUCGCUGCCAGAUGAUGUGUUUGUGGACUGCCAGGUUCAGCUGUCGAGAUUGGACCUCGUGGCCAUAACUAUGGUCUCGAGGAGACACCGGUAUAUCGCAGGGUCCCGUAAACUCUGGACCAUGAGGUAUCAGAUGGAUAGCGUCGAGCCAUAUGUGUACGUAUUAAUGCACAUGUAUCCAGAUCCAAGCCCACGGUGGUUCGUCUUCCACCCCGUGCAACGUCGGCUGAAACGGGUCCAUCCUCCGAGCUUGUUGUGUCCUGCUCCUGCUCCGCUAGAAGGAUCCUGUUUCGUGACGACGGAAUCGGGGAUCUAUACCAUCGGUGGACUCAUGGACGGCAAACCCACAUCGCAAGUCACGUUUUUGAAUUGUAUAGAUCAUAAAGUGUGCCGAGUUGCGCCCAUGAACGUGGCUCGAAGCGGAGCAUCGGCAAGCUUGAUAGAGGACGGGAAGAAGAAGAAGAUAUAUGUGUUUGGAGGGUGCUGGGAUAUGGCUGAUUCCUCAAACUGGGUAGAAGUAUAUGAUUUUGAAACCAGAACUUGGGACUUGUUGUCUGUGUCUACGCCCAAGAUGCCCCUCAGAAUCAAGGAAAGUAUGGCGAUGGACGAGAAGCAUGUCUACGCGGUUGAUGAGGAUGGCGAAAUCUUCUUUUUCUCAACUAGUGAAUGUAGGUUUUGGGCAGCAGGCGGAGCAAAAGAGUCUGACCCAGAUAACAAAAACGAUUGGCGUUUGUUCGAUCAGACAUUUUUCUGCCGUGGUGUCGGCGGGAGAAUACUGUGGCGUUCUCUAACUGAAUUGGGUUGGAAGGAAGUCAAGGGUUUGGAAGAGCUGCAGCAGCAGCAACACAUCAUCAAAAUCUGCGCCUUCUCUGGUGAUAGGAUGGCCAUCUUCUGGUCCCAAGGUCCUGCUUAUCAGACUUUGGAGCUUUGGUUUGCUGAGGUUUCCCUCACGGAUCGCUGGCAAGGCGAGGAAUGGGAAGUUUGGGGGAGCAUUGAGUGGUCCGGUGCUGUCUUCUCAGACUCAUCAUAUACUGGCCUUAACUUGUUGUUUGCUGAUUCUUUCUAUCUAUGAAUAUUCCUCAACCCUUUUGUCUAUUUCAACUUUUAUCUUCUGUUUGUAUAAUUUGGAAUUCAGUCUGAAAGGCUUGCCUCAAGUGUAUUUUUGCUUUGUAGAUAACACACCAUACUUACUGCAACAUGUUAUUUGAU